GGCUUCGAAAAAGGAAAAUAAUCCCAAUCGUCGUGACACCGACCGUUAUAUUUCGUUUUCGUGUUUUGGACUUUCCGUUUCGUCGUACGAGAAUCAUGAAGAUAAUCGCCGUUGUGGUUCUAUUAUCAGCCGUUGUUCUGGCCGCCGGACAAAGCUUGGAGGAUUGUCUGCAGAGCGACAGCAUCUCUUGCGUGCAGAAGAGCUUGUACCGGAAGGCGAAGGAGUUCUUCGACAAGGACAGCUUCGAACUGUUCAGUGGUGUUAGCUUGGUGAAGAGCGCGGACAGUCAGGGAAGAAGCUCUAGAACUAGUAAAGAGUUGAUGUACGAGCAGGAAAUCGACGCGGCUAACAGUGUCACAGAUAGACAGAGUGCUCUCGAGAAUUUUGUCAGCGAGGAAGCUGGAGAGUUCCUCACUGGUCGCAGUCUUAGGAUCAAUUUCGCUCCUGCUUUUGAAAAGAUCGGAGAAUCUGCCCGUGCCAUCAGCGACUCUGCACCGGAAGAGAUUCGCCAAGCCGUUAAUGAAGUCGUUGAAGGUCGGGGCAGGAAAAAGAUGCUGAAAACGAUCUUACCUCUGCUGAUCGCGGCGAAAGUGAAAAUCGGAGCCCUCGCUACCCUGGCGUACUUCGCCAUCGGUAUCAUAGCUAAGAAGGCCAUCCUCGCCUCCCUCGUUUCACUUGCCAUUUCUGCGUUCAUCGGUUUGAAGGCACUUUGGUCGAAGAAUUCCGAUGUCACCCCCUACAAUGGGUGGAACGGCGGCAAUGCUGGAUGGUCCGCGCCAGUUGCGAGCGGAGGAUGGUCUUCCGGUGGCUCGUGGGACGAUUCCCACAAUUACGCACAGAACCAAGCGUACUCCGGAUAUCAUCACUAAUUUCAAAUUAGAUCUAUUCGUGUAAACUAUCCGUUUCUCCCUCUUCCUCUUCCUCCUCUUCAUUUCCUCUUAUCUUUCUCCUUUCCCUUUUCCUUUCAUCCUUUCUUCUCAUCGUCGAUCCAGAAAUUAUGGAAGCAUCGAUGAAAGUGUCGGUAAUUAAUGGGUCGAUUAAAGCUAUUUAUUGUUUAUUUAUCCAAUUUUUGAAUAGUUAAGCGACCACCAUCCCGUGGUCCCACGUGUAAAUAAUGUUAUCGUUGUAAGGGUAUACGAAUGGAAUGGACAGACAAAGGACUUUGGAAUCAAACAUAGAGGCUAGUCGCGACGCUUCCGCAUCAAUCCGGGGCUCGUUCAGGCGUGACCAAUGUCGCUCAGUACCAUUUUUUCUUUCCAAUCGCAGCCGAACAAAACAACAUCUAGUCCAAUACGAUUUAGAUGAACUUCGUUGAAUUACUCCUACCUGAAAAUCAUUGUAAUACUGAUG